CAUGCAACAUAGAACUGAAGACUAUGAUUUACUUUAUAAGUUAGUUUUAAUAGGUAUUAAUUCAAUUCUAUUUAAAGGGGACUCUGGUGUUGGAAAAACCAACAUUCUCAAUUAAUUUACAAGAGGCGAAUUCUUACAAGAUUCCAAAACCACAAUAGGAGUAAAAUAUUUAAUUUAUCAUUUAAUUUAGGUUGAGUUUGCUUCAAAGAAUGUCAUGAUAGAUGAUAAAACCAUAAAAGCAUAAAUUUGGGAUACAGCUGGCCAAGAGAGAUACAGAGCUAUUACAUCAGCUUAUUAUAGAGGAGCAGUUGGAGCAAUGAUUAUUUAUGAUAUUACUAAAUCAUUAACAUUUGAAAAUGUAGAUAAAUGGAUGAAAGUAAUUAUUUUAGCAAAAUAUAAGGAAUUGAAAGAAAAUGCAGACCCUUCCUUAUAAAUUAUGAUCGUCGGAAAUAAAACUGAUUAAAAACAUAUCCGAUAAGUAGCUACUGAUUGUGCUAUUGCUUAUGCUUAACGAAAUGGAGUGGCAUUUAUUGAAACAAGUGCUAAAGAUGGAACAAAUGUAGAAGAGGCCUUUAAAAAUAUUUUACAAUGUAUUAAUAAAAUCUAAUUUCAAAGAGAUAUAUAAAUCAGCUAAGGUUGUUAAACCAACUCCAUAACCUACUAAGUUCAUUGUUGCAGAUACAGAUGUGGUUAAACCAGAAAAGUCUUCAGGUUGCUGUUGA